AUGAUCUCCAAAGGCUGGCUUCUGCAUAUUGGCCUGGCCAUGGUCUUCAUAACUAAAGUCUCAUCUCAGAACUGUGGCCAACUUCGUAGCAGGCUACGGCAAGCCAGCCAGGUCUACCUGGAACUUCUGAACAGCAAGAUGAAUUCCACUAUCUCCACCAUUCCCCAACAAUGCUUCGAGGAUGUUUUCAACUUCUCUCCUAAAAUGUAUCUGAAAAACCUUGAUGUCUCUGAGGAGGAGAAUGCCAAGGUGGUCAUUCAAGAAGUCCUCCAGCAGACAGGUCACAUCUUCAGACAGAACUAUACUGAAAUGCCGUGGGAUGAGGAUUCCUUGAGGGUUUUCCAUGCUGGACUGGAUCAACAAAGUGAGAACCUGAAGAGCUGCCUGAGUGAAUCUCCAAGGAGUCAGAGGAUCCAGCUCACCAGGCUGAAAGUGAAAAAAUACUUCCGAAGCCUGAGCGACCUCCUGAAAGAAAAAGGGUACAGCCGGUGUGCCUGGGAGAUUGUCCAUAUCCAAGUCAAGGAAUGUUUUCUCUGGACCGAUAAACUAAUCCAAACGAUCUCGUAUGAAGCUUGA